AUGAAUUCAACGGAGAAUGAUAACAGAAAUACCCAGAAGUUUCAAAAAAACCUUAAUGAAACAUUAGAAGAAAAAGAAAAAUUAAAAAAUAUAUUAUCAUCAACGAAAACUGAAUGUAACUCAUUAAAAAGUCAAAUUGAAUCAGCAACAGAAGAAUUGAGAAAAGUUAAUAAAGAAAUUCAAGACAUACAAAUUAAGAAAAAGUUGUUAAUAAAAAAACAAGCUAUCAGACGACAAAGAGAACAAAAGGCACAAAAAGAUUUAUACUCACUAAUUUCAAAUAAACAAAAAAUUGAAGAUUCGAUAAAAGUUGAACGUGAAAAUUCUUUGAAUGAAAGAAUUCAUCAACUACAGGAAUGUAUUAAAUAUUCAGAAGACCAUUGGAUUUUUCGAUAUUUUAAUGAUAGAAAUUUUGAAGAUGAUCCACAAAAAGAAGAAAUUGAAGGAAAUGAAAUCGUUUUCAUUGAAAAUAAACAAAUUUAA